AAUAUGCUGUCGCAUCAUAUUUUAGAUAAGAUUUUCACGGGUCUUAUGUAUUGCUAGCUUCCCGAUUAUGGCAGUUUCCAUCGAUAACAAAUCAUGGCACAAGUGUCUACCACUGCAGCUACUGCAAAGAGGUAUGCAGUUGUUACUGGGGCGAACAAGGGUAUAGGUUUUGAAAUAUGUAGGCAGUUGGCUUCUAAUGGGAUUGUAGUUGUGUUGACAGCCAGAGAUGAGAACCGGGGCAUGGAAGCUGUUGCAAAGCUUAAGCAUUCUGGUUUCUCUGAUGAACUUGUGAUUUUCCACCAGCUUGAUGUGGUAGAUCCUGACAGCGUUGCUUCUCUAGCAGAUUUUGUCAAAACCCAGUUUGGAAAGCUUGAUAUUUUGGUGAACAAUGCUGGGAUUUCUGGAGUUGCACUAGAAUCUGAUGCUUUUCAAAGAGCUUUCGAGCUGAGCGGUGGUUGGCCAGAUGGAAAACAAGUCCCUUGGAAAGAAAUACAAUCACAGAGUUUUGAAUUGGCAGAAGAAUGCCUGAAAACAAACUACUAUGGUGCAAGGACUAUGGUUGAAGCACUUGCUCCUCUUCUGCUGCUAUCUGACUCUGCAAGGAUUGUGAAUGUUUCUUCAAUGUUGGGAUGGUUGCAGAAUAUACCCAGUGAAUGGGCAAAAGGAUUGUUGAAUGAUGUUGAAAGCCUUACUGAAGACACAGUGGAUGCGGUUGUGAACCAGUUUCUGAAAGAUUUCAAAGAUGGGUUGCUAGAAACCAAAGGCUGGCCUACUCAUAUCUCUGCCUAUUCUGUUGCAAAGGCAGCCAUGAAUGCCUACACGAGGAUUCUGGCCAAAAGGUAUCCAAGUUUUCGUGUCAAUUCUGUCUGUCCUGGAUUUUGCAAGACUGACAUAACUAUCAAUGUUGGCCUCUUCACUGCAACUGAAGGAGCUGAACAUGUUGUGAGAGUAGCUCUGCUGAGUAAGGAUGGGCCUUCUGGCUUUUUUUUCAAUGGGAAAGAUCUGGUAUGUUUUUGAAUGAAAAUGAAUAAAUGUAACUGAAGUUGAGUAUUGAAUUUCUAAAUUUUCAUGUAUUUUAUGUUUCAAGUAUGAGAUAUCCGAAAUAAACCAUUUGUUCAUAGAAAUUAUCCCUGCAUAUGAACAAAGCAGGUCCUCUCUAUAAGAUACUCUGUUCUUUCUUUUCA